GUCCAGAGCCCCAUGAAGCUGAUGGCCCUUCAGCUGCUAUUCUGGCACAGUGCACUUUGGACAGUGCAAGAAGCCACUCCCCUGCGCCCUGCCAGCAACCUGCCCCAGACCUUCCUGCUCAAGUGCUUAGAGCAAGUUAGAAAAAUCCAGGCUGAUGUCGUGGUCGUGCAGGAGAGGCUGUGUGCUACCCACAAGCUGUGCCACCCCGAGGAGCUGGUGCUGCUCAGUCACUCUCUGGGCAUCCCCCAGGUUCCCCUGGGCAGUUGUUCCAGCCAGGCCCUGCAGCUGACAGGCUGCCUGAGACAACUCCACAGUGGCCUCUUCCUCUACCAGGGCCUCCUGCAGGCCCUGGCAGGAAUCUCCCCCGAGUUAGCCCCCACCUUGGACAUGCUUCAGCUGGACAUCACCGACUUUGCCACCAACAUCUGGCAGCAGAUGGAAGACCUGGGGAUGGCCCCUGCUGUGCAGGCGACCCAGAGCACUGUGCCAAUGUUCACCUCGGCCUUCCAGCGCAGGGCAGGAGGUGUACUGGUUGCCUCCAACCUGCAGAACUUCCUGGAGCUGGCCUAUCGUGUCCUGCGCUAUGUUGCUGAGCCCUGA